CUUGUGCUAACAUGUUUGGGUGCAAUUUAUCUUGCUUUGGUUUCCUCGCUGCUGUGUGUUGUGUUAUUGCGCAAGAAUAUUAUGAGGAACUACACAAAGCGCGUUACUCAACCCAUGUGAGACAGAUCCCAAAAAGUUUCGAAAUCAGGGGCGGCAAGGCAUUGGAACAAUUCAAUAAGAACAUCAAGGAAAUCGAGCAAAUUGCUAAUAAUGAAAAUAUUACUUUACUAUACAAAGUAAAAAUAGAGAAAUUGAAGCCCUUCUUCUCACAUAAACUAAAGAAGAUCCUUCAUAAAAAAGGUAGAUCGAAGAAAUACAACGUUCCUCUGAAGAAGAAUAGUAUGAAAUUAUCGAAUUUCGAAGCGUUUUUGCGAAAAACUGCCGAAGAGAAUGGGCGGAAUGUGCAGAACAUUGAUUAUUAUCCAGCAGUGACAACAGAAAAGCAGAAAUUUCCGUCAACGAGACAAAUUAUUAUGAAGUAUAAACCGAUCAUAAGUCGAGUUAGGACGAACUACACAAAAAUUAUCAGACCCGUGCGAAACAAAGAGAUUAUAUUAACUGUUUAAAUAAGUUUGUAGUGUUAUGUAAAUAUAUUUAUAUUUUUCUAUACGUUAUUUUAUUUAUGAAUUUAUUGAUAGCACCAAGAGUUACUUCUACUUUUUAAAUAUGUUUUUUUAUAUACGAACAUGGAGUGUGGUUGUAUGCUUCAGAAAUGUUCCCUGGCUUAAAAAACGUUAAGAAUUGUAAGACUAUUGUAUUUUAGCAUUGGUGAUGUACACUUACAUAGUAAUAUUAU